GCUGGCGGCGCAGAGUUGAGUUUCUUCGGGCGCGACGGGCUGUAUUGAAGGUCCCUAGGAGCCGGUGGGGGCUGUAGGGGUAAUCUGGCAGGGCGCCUGGCGCUGUAGGUAUUGCGGUCUUCGCGAGCCCCCUUGUGCGAGGCCGUGUCCCCCUUUCCCCGGCUUCUGGUGCUCUCAGGUCGCGGCCCGCUCCCGGAAGCCACAGAAACUGGUAACAAAGAGCCUGCUGGGCCGCCCGCUGCCCGGGCUGGGGGACCCAGAAGUCUGGARGAGUGGCUGGGGAUGACCGCGAGCCGGGCCAUGAGUCCAAGAUCACUGCGGUGAGGGGCGCGGCCGGCGGCCGAGGCGCUGGUGCAGGCCGUGACGCCGGCGCUCCACUCCUCGCCGCCUGCGGCGCUCCGGAGCUGGUGCCUCUGCUCUCCUGGCCGCUCCACUGGGGAAAGUGGCUUCCCGGCCUCUCCCGGGCAGCUCCUGGCCCCCARCUGCAAAGGAACGGCGCUCAGCCCCGGCCCGAGUCCCCGGGUUUCUCUGCAGGACACACAGGASCUGGCUCUUCCCCGAGGUGCCCCGAAGCUUUGUGUGAAGCAUCUGGAGAAGCCGACAGGAGGGAUUUUUGGUUUUAAUAAAGUUUUUUUUUUUUUUAAAGUCUCCGUUUUUAGAUAUUUUUCGCGGAGUUUGCAGUACACUCUACCUCUUCGCCUUUUUUCUCCUGCUCCUGGAGUGGUUUAUUCCUCAGCUGUAAACAUUUUUASUAUCAGUGGAGCAAACCAGAGAUGAACGUUUUGUGAUUGAAAGUGUAACCAUUAAAAACCACGUMGAAAUAGUAUAGUCAAGAUGGACAAAAAGUCCUUCGAGACGGUGCUGGAUGAAAUCAGAAAGGCUGUUUUGACAGAAUAUAAAUUAAAAGCAAUUGAAUAUGUGCAUGGAUACUUCUCUAGUGAACAGGUAGUGGAUUUACUGAGAUAUUUUUCCUGGGCUGAGCCUCAGUUGAAAGCAAUGAAAGCAUUACAGCAUAAAAUGGUAGCUGUUCACCCAGCAGAAGUGGUCAAUAUACUCAACUGUUUCACCUUCAGUAAAGAUAAGCUAGUUGCUCUUGAACUGUUAGCUUCAAACAUUGUCGAUGCGCAGAAUUCUCGUCCCAUUGAAGAUUUGUUCAGGAUAAAUAUGUCUGAGAAGAAACGGUGCAAAAGAGUACUUGAACAGGCUUUUAAGGGGGGCUGCAAAGCUCCUCACGCUAUGAUAUCUUCUUGUGGAACAAUCCCAGGAAAUCCAUAUCCCAAAGGAAGACCUAGUCGUAUAAAUGGAAUUUUCCCAGGAACCCCUUUGAAAAAGGAUGGUGAAGAAUGUACAAAUGAGGGCAAAGGCAUAGCUGCACGGAUUCUUGGACCAUCCAAGCCACCUCCUUCGACAUACAACCCACAUAAACCUGUUCCUUAUCCUAUACCUCCAUGCCGGCCACAUGCAACCAUUGCACCAAGUGCUUACAACAAUGCAGGUCUGGUACCGUUAGCCAACAUGAUAGCUCCAGGUGUACCCCCUCCAUCUCCAUAUACUCCGAAUCCUGUAGGAACAGAAAAUGAAGACCUUUCCAGUCAGUCAAAACCUACACAAAAUCAAACAUUUUCUACCCCAGCAAGUCAACUCUUUUCUCCUCAUGGUUCUAAUCCUUCAACACCUGCUGCGACUCCCGUCCCUACUGCAUCCCCAGUCAAGACAGUAAACCAUCCAUCAGCCUCAGCAGCUGCCACCGGUUCUGGAAUGAACAUGCCCAAUACUGUCCUCCCGGUGUUCCCAGGGCAGRUCUCCGCAGCCAUUCAUACACCUCAGCCAUCGACGCCAAACCCUACAGUUAUCAGGACCCUCUCAUUGCCUACGGCACCCGUUACUUCCAUCCACAGUACAACAUCUGCUCCUGUUCCUUCUGUUUUUUCUGGCCUGGUGCCACUGCCAGGUCCUUCUGCUACUCCUAACCCAGCCCCUCAGGCCACAACCACACCUCGGGCUACUCUGGCUUCCAGUGAAUCAUUUGCUUCUACUUCUGCUCCUUUCACUAGCCUCUCCUUUUCUGCCACCUCUGCUGCUGCUUCUACCAACAAUCCAAAUUCGGCUUCAUUAUCAUCGGUUUUUGCAGGUCUCCCUUUGCCCUUAACRCCAACCUCCCAAGGUGUAUCCAACCCGACUCCUUCUGUAAUUGCGGGUGGUUCUGCCCCCAGUGUUGCUGGUCCACUUGGUGUAAAUAGUCCUCUUCUGUCUGCUUUAAAAGGCUUUCUGACAUCAAAUGACACCAAUUUAAUCAACUCCUCUGCUUUGUCAUCUGCUGUCACGAGUGGGCUGGCUUCAUUAUCCUCUCUUACUAAGCGAAACUCUGAUUCUCCUGCUUCAGCGCCUAGCAAGUGCUAUGCACCCCCAGCUGUCCCCACUCUGCAGGGGUCUUCCACUCCUGGGAUGGCCAUGUUCCCAGGCCUGCCGUCCCCCGUGGCUAACCCAACUUCCACUCCYCCUACGCUGCCUGUGCAGUCUCCUUUGGCUACUGCUACGUCCUCCUCAACAUCAGUGCCCGUUAGCUGUGGCUCCUCAGCCUCCCUUUUGCAUGGCCCCCACCCAGGUACCUCAGACCUGCAUAUUUCACCUACCCCUGCAGUUACUACCAUUCCUGUAAUGAUCAAAACCGAGCCCACAAGUCCUACUCCCUCGGCCUUCAAAGGCCCAUCUCAUUCUGUGACUCCCUCUCAUGGCACUUUAAGUUUGUCAGGGACAUUGGGUCGUGCAUAUACUUCGGCGUCAGUGCCCGUCAGUUUAUCUACUUGCCUUAAUCCUGCAUUAUCAGGUCUCUCCAGUUUGAGUACUCCCUUAAAUGGCUCAAAUCCCCUUUCUUCUAUUUCCCUUCCACCUCAUGCUUCCUCCACUCCUAUUGCUCCMGUGUUUACUGCUCUUCCUCCUUUUACUUCUCUGACCAAUAGUUUUCCUUUGCCUGGCAACCCGUCUCUUAAUCCAUCGGUGUCUCUUCCAGGGUCAUUAAUAGCCACCUCAUCUACCACUGCCACCUCCGCAGCUAUGCCUCCUCCUAGCUCCACGGCAGCUGUUCUCUCAGGGCUCUCUGCCUCAGCACCAGUCUCGGCAGCACCUUUCCCCCUCAACUUAUCCACUGCCGUCCCCUCACUUUUUCCAGUUACCCAAGGACCUCUUCCCCCUUCAAAUCCCUCCUAUCCUGGCUUUUCUGUCUCCAAUACCCCAAGUGUUACCCCUGCUCUCCCUUCGUUCCCGGGGCUGCAGGCGCCCUCCACAGUCACAGCUGUCACACAACUACCUGUCGCGGCUACGGCCCCGUCACCAGCUCCUGUCCUCCCGGGAUUCGCUUCAGCGUUUAGUUCUAAUUUCAACUCUGCUCUUGUUGCACAAGCCGGUUUAUCGUCUGGACUUCAAGCUGCAGGCAGUUCUGUUUUUCCAGGCCUCCUGUCCCUCCCAGGUAUCCCUGGGUUUUCCCAGAAUCCYUCACAGUCAUCCUUGCAAGAAUUACAGCAUAAUGCAGCAGCGGCACAGUCAGCAUUGUUACAGCAGGUGCAUUCAGCUUCAGCUCUGGAAAGCUAUCCAGCUCAGCCUGAUGGGUUUCCUAGCUAUCCUUCAACACCAGGAACUCCAUUUUCUUUGCAGCCAAGUCUGUCCCAAAGUGGAUGGCAGUGAAUAUUUUUUAAUUUUUAUUAUUCUUGGGAGCAACAUGAGAUUUUCUUAAGAACUGCAGUGAACAAUCUGACAAAUGUGAAGUUGGCCAAAAGUCAGAAUAUGAAAAUGAGGAUAAUCCUAGGAAAGUUGUGGCAAGAAUUUGAAAAGUCUGGUUGCAUUUUUUAAAAUGGUUUUAAGUAUGAAUACUCCCCAUUUCUUUAUGUAAAUAUGCUGACAAUAAAUUGUAUGGAGAAUAGUAUUUAAAAAGUAUUUGGGAACUUUUCACCUCCCAGUCUACAAAAUUUUGAAUCAUGUAUGUGAUCUACAUAGAAAGAAUAUUAAGCAGGAGACUGAACUCCUUAUAGCCGAAUACAGCCUUAAAUCUGCUUGUAUAGCAUCCAUGGACAGAAGUAAUAGUUGUGCCUCAGACUUAAUGGGUUGCAUGUGGCCCUGGGGGACUUACUACCCUUGGUAUGCAUGAGUGGUUCCUGUUAGCAUCAGUUGGAACUCAAUACUCCAUGUGUAUACACAAAAGGGAACUUGAGACCCACUGUUAUUUUUUAUUUCUGAUAUUAAUGAUCAUACAUACUGCUGAAUUUAACUCAAUAUAUUUCAGGUAAGUGAAAAUGGUGCUUAAUGUAGUCUUUAGAAUGACUUUCAGGUUUUCGACUAAAAAUAUAUAUCCAGAACUACUUUCUUACGGAAAUAUAAGUAAGGAAGGCUUAUGAUAAUAUUUGCCUUCAAAACAUUUUUCCCAAUCUCAGCAGUAUCCACAUGAGUGAGGAACACUUGACUGACUCUUGGGCCACCUCUAUUACUCAUUGUACUCUGGAAGCUCUUGGUGAAUGUUUACAAUCAUGGGAUGUCGUAUUUCUCUUUGUACUUAAAGUCAAAUGCUUAUCUGAAAUAAUUAUGUGACAGCAAAUAGAGAAUACUUGCUCUGUUAGUAAUGCAGUGUGUACUCUAUUUAAGGACCUGUGGUAGUAUAACAUGAUUGAAUGUCAUUAAUUUAAGAAUAACAACUGCCACAUUGGGGGCGGGGGGUGUAGGAAGAAUGAAUUCCAAUCCUGUGAUUAAAAUUGUAAAUUAUAGAAUCUACUGUAGUACAUUUCAGCAUCUAGAAGUUUUACUUUUAUAAAGAUGGUGUCUGGAAGAUGUUGCAAAUGUAUUUUCCUUCAACAUGGGGAACAAACUUUUUAAGUAUAUUAAAUAUUCCUGUAUGGUUAGUUUUUAACAAUUUUUUAAAAUAAACUUUAUGGAUAUGACAAAUAUUUUGUGUUUUAUUAAAUGCUUGGAUAGGGUUUUGGGGUUUUUGUGUAUGUGCUUGAACGAACAUACUGAAUGGUCUUUGUCUGAAUUUAUUUGAAACCCUACUUAUACUACCGAUUACCCAACCCUUUAAAUAAUAUGCUAAAGUUAUAACUAACAAUUGAAACAGAUGAAUAAAUACUUUGAAUUGUCUUUGAAUACAUAUAUUUCCAACAGUUAAUGAUACCAGUUGCCAGAAUUUAUCAUGUUUUUCAUUUUAAGUCUACAUUCAUAAAACUUUUUAAGAU